CUUGCGGUUGUCCAGUUCUGAUAUCGUCGCUUGAGACACACUAGUGAAAGGGAAAACGUUCUUCGGAAGCCAUGCUACCAUCCUUAUCAGCAGCUUCAAUCUUGUCGCUGGCCCUGUGGUCGAUGACAAUCAUUUCCGUUGGCCUCGGACAGCAAGCCCAGUAUCGACUGACGCAGCUGAGACCGGGAAGACCGAUGAAAGUGCCCGUAGUGAAGAAUCUUCCCGAAUGCCAGACGCCAUACUUUCAGAACGGUAUCGCCAAGCUGAGGCAGCGCAACAAGAUGGUCCGAUUCACGUGUGCAAGUGGAUUUACCUUGGUCGGCAACAUGUACUCGAUGUGCGAGAAAGGCCGUUGGGAUACGCCGAUUCCGAUUUGUAUCAGACCCGGAUGUGCGGAUUUAAGCCAGGUCGAGAAUGGGCAGAUAUCGUACGAGCACGGUUUAGCGGCGGGAAUGUUGUUCUGCAACAGUGGCUACCAGGUGGCGGGAUCAUCGAAAACCUACUGCAAUGGGACGAGCUGGGAUCGACCGUUGGGAAGUUGCCGUGAAACCGAUAUCGAUGUGCCCACCGCAUGCGAUUUCGAGGUUGUAGACUGGUGUGGUUGGACUAACGAGGCGACGCAUGAUUUCGACUGGAAGCGUAGUGAUGGGUUGUUUACGCCCAAAGCUUUGAAGACUGGUCCCAAGUACGACCACACGACGAUGGUACCGUUGGCAGGACACUUCCUCAUGAUUGAUUCUGGCGUGCAGCUCACCAACGAAACGGCUCGCCUAAUAUCGCCGCUGUAUCCGGCCAACUAUAGCCAGAACGCUUGUUUCCUGUUCUACUAUCACAUGUUCGGCGAUUCGGUCGGUUCCCUGUGGGUUUACGUAAAGCCAGCUUCGCAGCAAUUUGACAGUUUAACGUACGUCGAUGCCUACUACGGGCUGAAAGGCAAUCAACGUAACAUUUGGAACGAGGGUUACUUCGACUUGAAACCGUUGGACGAGAGUUUUCAGAUUGUGAUCGAGGCAACCAUGGGAAUGAAAUUCAAGAGCGAUAUCGCGAUUGACGAUGUGAGUUUGCUCAGUGGAGAUGAUUGUCGUCCGAAACAAGGUGUUGAUGAUGAGGUAUCUGUGGCUUCGGAAACGCCCGAAGUUGAACCGGAUGAAGUUCCGGAUGAUGGAGAACUGAUGAAAAUCGGUUCUUGUGAGAAUCGUUGUGGACAAAAUGUGACUAAUGCCAAUCAAACGCUUAAUGUUGUAGCGUGUGAUUGUUUCGAAGGUUGUGUGGAGACAAAAACAUGUUGCCCGGAUUAUGCCGAGCGAUGUGUUUUCAAUGAAACGUUGAUUGAUUUGGUAAGUUCCACUACAGUGAGCACGACGAUUCCCUCCACUACACCAACAACAUCUUCAACCACAACAACAACAUCCACGACAACGACAGUUAAACCUGUCACGACUCCAAAAAUCACAACAUCGACUAGUCUGCCGAAACUAAAAACGAGUACUCCUAAACCAACAACGACUACACCUAAAACAACAUCACCAACUGUGAAAAUAACAAGCACAGCUUCAACUAAUACAACACCUAAGCCGAAUACUACGUCGACGACAAAAACAUACAAUCUGCGUCCAAGAACAACGACAACAACCACUAAACCCAAGCCGUUUGUGCCGAUGAUAAGAAGCAAACCGACCACCACCAGCAGCUCUACGACGCCAGAGACGACGACUUCGACAACCGAAACAAUCACCAUCCUAGCGAUAGGCAGUCGGUUUGGUGCGAACUACAAAGACGAAUACGCCUCGGCAACGCUGGAAUGGAACGAUGGGAAACCUAAUUUGCUGAAGAUACUGAUCAUCGCUGGAACCGGUGUGAUAAUUUUCGGGCUGGUGGUGAUGCUGAUUGUGGUGCACAUUCGUCGCAACUCGGGAGCCAAUGUUCUGAAUCGAUUGAAACAGAAAUCGAUGAAAAAGGGCGGUCUGGGAGGCAGCAUGGAAGCGUUCGAGGAUGUUCGGUUCUUGGCGGCAGAUGAGCAUUUGGAUUUCAGUGUGGCGGAAGACGCGGAAGAAGCGCAAGAGAGUGACGGGGAAAGUGCGGGUGAGGCAGCAAACUUGAAUGAGAAGCAGGAGAAGAAGAAAAGGAAGAUUUUUAAGAGUAAUCUCUAGAAGUUUAGGUAUGCUGAACUUUCUCGAAUGCAGUUUAAGUGCCAUAUUAUAGUAUAGAAACUAGAUUAAGAGCCGUGUUAAGAAAUUCAGGAUAAAUAAAUUAAAAACAUCAGAAAUUCAAUUCAAUAAAAAAAAUUUAAAAUUCUUGGAAAUGAUAGCU